CUUGUCUGCCACCUACAUAUACACAGCUCAGCUCACUUCCUCUCAAAGCCUCCCACAGAGACAGAGAGAGAGAGAGAGAGAAGGGGGGAGAGUUUCUUGUUCCUCUGCCCAUAGAAAUCCAGGGGAGGUUGGGGUUCCUUGCCUUAACCUAGCAUCCAUUCCAUCUCUUUCACACACACACAUACGGAGACGCAGGCACGUACAAAAUACAGAGAAAGAUUAGCUAGCUGAGGACGGAGCCGACCGACACUUGUGAAUUCCGUUCCGGCCCAUAAUUUCUAUAUAUCCCCACGUACUUUACUUGCCAUUUCUCACACCCUCGGCGCCUCGGCAGCCAGCUUCCUUCUCUCUCUAGGGAGCUCCUCUCUCGAGCUCUCCACGCACUUGCUAGAGGCUGCCAGCUGAGAGCAGAGCAGGGCAGGGCAGAGGUAGCUUGCCAUUCUCGGUUUCCUCUCGCCUCGAGAGAGAGAAGCCAGCCAAGAAGAGGCAGGGGGACAGGCGGCGCGGGCAUUGAUGGCGCCCGGCGUCGCGGACGGCGGCCGGCGGGACGGCGAGGCGCAGCAGGCGGCGAACGGCGGGGGCGCACGGCACGGGUGCGCGUGCGGGUUCCCAGUGUGCGCGUGCGCGGGCGCGGCGGCGGUGGCGUCCGCGGCGUCGUCGGCCGACAUGGACAAGGUGGCGGUGGCCGCCACGGAGGGGCAGAUCGGCGCCGUCAACGACGAGAGCUGGGUCGCCGUCGACCUCAGCGACGACCUCUCCGCCGUCGACGCCGGCGUCGCGCUCGAGGACCGCCCCGUCUUCCGGACCGAGAAGAUCAAGGGCAUCCUCCUCCACCCCUACAGGGUGCUGAUCUUCGUCCGCCUGAUCGCGUUCACGCUGUUCGUGAUCUGGCGAAUCUCGCACAAGAACCCGGACGCGAUGUGGCUGUGGGUGACCUCCAUCGCCGGCGAGUUCUGGUUCGGCUUCUCCUGGCUGCUCGACCAGCUGCCCAAGCUGAACCCCAUCAACCGCGUGCCCGACCUCGCCGUGCUCCGCCAGCGCUUCGACCGCGCCGACGGCACCUCCCUCCUCCCGGGGCUCGACAUCUUCGUCACCACGGCCGACCCCUUCAAGGAGCCCAUCCUGAGCACGGCCAACUCCAUCCUCUCCAUCCUGGCCGCCGACUACCCGGUCCAGCGCAACACCUGCUACCUCUCCGACGACUCGGGCAUGCUGCUCACCUACGAGGCCAUGGCCGAGGCCGCCAAGUUCGCCACCCUCUGGGUGCCCUUCUGCCGGAAGCACGGCAUCGAGCCCCGCGGCCCGGAGUCGUACUUCGAGCUCAAGAGCCACCCCUACAUGGGCCGCGCGCAGGAGGACUUCGUCAACGACCGCCGCCGCGUGCGCAAGGAGUACGACGAGUUCAAGGCCCGCAUCAACGGCCUCGAGCACGACAUCAAGCAGAGGUCCGACGGGUACAACGCCGCCAGGGGGCUCAAGGACGGCGAGCCGAGGGCCACCUGGAUGGCCGACGGCACGGAGUGGUCCGGCACCUGGGUCGAUCCCGCCGAGAACCACCGCAAGGGCGACCACGCCGGCAUCGUCCUGGUGCUGCUGAACCAACCGAGCCACACGCGCCAGCUCGGCCCGCCGGCGAGCGCGGACAACCCGCUGGACUUCAGCACCGUCGACGUCCGGCUGCCCAUGCUGGUGUACGUCUCCCGUGAGAAGCGCCCGGGCCACAACCACCAGAAGAAGGCCGGCGCCAUGAACGCGCUCACCCGCUGCUCCGCGGUGCUCUCCAACUCGCCCUUCAUCCUCAACCUCGAUUGCGACCACUACAUCAACAACUCCCAGGCCCUGCGCGCCGGCAUCUGCUUCAUGCUCGGCCGCGACAGCGACACCGUCGCCUUCGUCCAGUUCCCGCAGCGCUUCGAGGGCGUCGACCCCACCGACCUGUACGCCAACCACAACCGCAUCUUCUUCGACGGCACGCUCCGCGCGCUCGACGGCAUGCAGGGCCCCAUCUACGUCGGUACCGGGUGCCUCUUCCGCCGCAUCACGCUCUACGGCUUCGACCCGCCCAGAAUCAACGUCGGUGGCCCGUGCUUCCCGUCGCUCGGCGGGAUGUUCGCCAAGACCAGGUACGAGAAGCCCGGGCUGGAGAUGACCAGCAAGGCCGCCGUCGCCAAGGGCAAGCACGGCUUCCUGCCCAUGCCCAAGAAGGCAUACGGCAAGUCCGACGCGUUCGUGGACACCAUCCCCAAGGCCUCGCACCCGUCCCCGUACGCGGCCGCCGAGGCAGUGGCGGCGUCGGAUGAGGCAACGAUCGCUGAGGCGGUGGCGGUGACGGCGGCGGCGUAUGAGAAGAAGACCGGGUGGGGCAGCGACAUCGGGUGGGUGUACGGCACCGUGACGGAGGACGUCGUCACCGGCUACCGGAUGCACAUCAAGGGCUGGCGGUCGCGCUACUGCUCCAUCUACCCGCACGCCUUCAUCGGCACGGCGCCCAUCAACCUGACGGAGCGGCUGUUCCAGGUGCUCCGGUGGUCGACGGGCUCCCUGGAGAUCUUCUUCUCCCGGAACAACCCGCUAUUCGGCAGCACGUUCCUGCACCCACUGCAGCGCGUGGCCUACAUCAACAUCACCACCUACCCGUUCACGGCGCUGUUCCUCAUCUUCUACACCACCGUGCCGGCGCUGUCCUUCGUCACGGGCCACUUCAUCGUGCAGCGGCCGACCACCAUGUUCUACGUCUACCUGGCCAUCGUGCUCGGGACGCUGCUCAUCCUGGCCGUGCUGGAGGUGAAGUGGGCCGGCGUCACGGUGUUCGAAUGGUUCCGGAACGGGCAGUUCUGGAUGACGGCCAGCUGCUCCGCCUACCUCGCCGCCGUGUGCCAGGUGCUCUUCAAGGUGGUGUUCCGGCGGGACAUCUCGUUCAAGCUGACCUCGAAGCAGCCGUCGGGCGACGAGAAGAAGGACCCCUACGCGGACCUGUACGUGGUGCGGUGGACGUGGCUGAUGGUCACGCCCAUCAUCAUCAUCCUGGUCAACAUCAUCGGCUCCGCGGUGGCCUUCGCCAAGGUGCUGGACGGCGAGUGGACUCACUGGCUCAAGGUCGCCGGCGGCGUGUUCUUCAACUUCUGGGUGCUGUUCCACCUCUACCCGUUCGCCAAGGGCAUCCUGGGGAAGCACGGCAAGACCCCCGUGGUUGUGCUCGUGUGGUGGGCCUUCACCUUCGUCAUCACCGCCGUGCUCUACAUCAACAUCCCGCACAUCCACGGCCCCGGCGGCAAGAACAGCGGCGUGCUGGGCAAGCACGGCGCCGCACACCACGGCAGGAAGGAUCUCGACCACAUCUUCUACGGCUGGCCGUGAACAAGCAAUUACAUAUUACCAAGGAAGAAGACAUGAUCAACCAAAUUACCAAACCAAGAAAGAGAAGAGUACGUACGUUCGUUCUCCACUUCUACAUGCAUGCUGCUGGUGAAGAAAGAAACAAUAACAUACUUGAUCGAGCUGAGCCGCCAGAAUUUGGAAAUUUUCUUCUUCUUCUUCCUUGCCUUUUUCUUUCUUUCUUUCUUUCUUUCUUUUAGUUUUGUCCAGAAAUUGAAAGAUGGUGUUGAUUUGAUUUAGUUUUAUUAAUUACCUGUGGUAAUUAAUUAUGUACGUACUUAUACAUUACGCAAAGAACAAUCACUGCAAGAGAGAGUUGGAGGAGGCCGGUGUGUAUGUAUGUAUGUAUGCAUGCCUGUACUGUACAUGCUGGAGUCAUCAGUCAAAGAAGAGAUCUAGAGUGAGGCUGGGGAGCGGGCCCCGGCAGGGAUGGUAUUCUUUUAGUAUAUGGAAACAAUAAAUUUAAUUCCAUUCUUGUA